GGCUCGCGGUGUCCUCUCUGUGUGUCCAGCUGCCUCUCUGCUGCUUAGCACACCAACGGCUCUGACCAUGUCAUCAGACAAGAUCUUCUCGGAGGGUGAGAGCUGCAAAUCAUCCUGGCACAAUGCGUCUGCAGGUUACAAUGAAGCAGAUACUCACCUGGAAAUCCUGGGCAAGCCAGUUAUGGAGAGAUGGGAGACUCCCUACAUGCAUAGUCUGGCAGGAGUGGCAGCAAGUAAAGGAGGACGCGUGUUGGAGAUUGGCUUUGGCAUGGCGAUAGCAGCAACAAAAGUAGAAGAAUAUAACAUAGAGGAACACUGGAUUGUGGAGUGCAAUGAUGGGGUAUUCCUACGGUUACAGGAAUGGGCUAAGAAACAACCACAUAAGAUUGUACCACUGAAGGGGCUGUGGGAAGAUGUGGUGCCAACUUUGCCAGACGGACACUUUGAUGGAAUUCUGUAUGACACAUACCCCCUGUCUGAGGAGACAUGGCAUACACAUCAAUUCAACUUCAUCAAGGGUCAUGCCCACCGUCUGCUCAAGCCAGGAGGAGUGCUCACAUACUGCAACCUUACAUCCUGGGGAGAAUUGCUGAAGAACAAAUACAGUGAUAUAGAAAAGAUGUUUCAGGAUACACAAAUACCUCAACUGGUGGAAGCUGGUUUCAAGAGCGAAAAUAUCAGCACUACAGUGAUGAAUCUUAUUCCUCCCGAAGAAUGCAGAUAUUACUCGUUCCAUAAAAUGAUAACGCCCACCAUAAUUAAGGUCUAAGCACAGCAAGGAUUCCCUACUAAAUACAGUCCAGAAAACCUACAGAUAGAGACCCACCACACGCGGCAGCUACAGUAAAAUGAAAGGAAUCAGAAGCUUGGAUCAUCGGAACACUAACCCCUUGUUGGCAAGGGUACAGGACACAACCAGCACAAAGUAUACAAAUAGGACUUAUAGCUUUGCAGGCAUUCUUGUCAUUGUGGCUAUGUGACAAGUUUAGUGAAUGCUGCACAAAUAAAGUUAGUUGUUUUUGAA